AUGUCGUCGGCAAUCAACGAUGACGAACUCUCCAUUUCCCUCCCACAAACCAACUCCAGCCGCUCCAGGCCGUCCCUUCCUACUGUUCUUUCCCCGCCGGCACGUUCUAGCUUGAGCCAGACGCCGAUGGCAGAGUCCCCAGGCACUGCCCGCGCAAUGCAACGACUACACCAGUAUGCCUUCGUGCGCAACAUUGGUGAAGGAUCGUUUGGUAAAGUCAAGCUUGCGAGACACAAGGUUACGGGUCAAGAGGUUGCAAUGAAGACUAUCAGUCGACGCAAAUUAAUCAGUCGGGACAUGGCAGGGCGGAUAGAGAGGGAGAUCCAAUACUUGCAACUCCUGCGGCACCCACACAUCAUCAAGCUCUACACCGUCAUAACAACCAAGACAGACAUCUACAUGGUGCUGGAAUAUGUUCCCAUGGAGUUGUUUGAUUACAUCGUGAAGCAUGGUCGGCUGGGCGAAGCAAAGGCCCGGAAGCUGUUUCAACAGAUCAUCUGUGCUGUCGAGUAUUGUCAUCGUCACAAAAUUGUCCAUCGAGACCUCAAACCGGAGAACCUUCUCCUUGACAAGAACAUGAAUGUGAAAAUCGCCGACUUUGGUCUGAGUAAUAUCAUGACAGAUGGCAAUUUCUUGAAGACGAGUUGCGGAAGCCCAAACUAUGCUGCCCCUGAAGUCAUUGGUGGAAAGCUCUAUGCUGGUCCUGAAGUCGAUGUCUGGAGUUGCGGUGUCAUUCUCUACGUCUUCCUCGUUGGCAGGCUCCCAUUCGACGAUGAGUUCAUUCCUGCACUGUUCAAGAAGAUUCAGGCCGGGACAUUUCACAUUCCAUCACAAACUCCGCCAGGCGCGGUAAACCUCAUCAAGCGAUGUUUGCAAGUGCAUCCGGUUCAUCGCAUCACCAUACCCGAAAUCAGACAAGACGAAUGGUUCAUGAAAGACCUUCCUGCUUAUUUGGUUGAUCCCGUGGAAGAAUUUCUGGACACCGGAGUCGAUCCCACCAAAGCCAUCGACCCUCGUCAGCUUGCUCCGGGAAAACCACUUGACGUGGUUGAGAAAAUUCACGAGCAAGUCGUUGGCAAGCUUGGUCGUACCAUGGGUUAUGCGAAGGAGGAUGUGAAGGAUGCUUUGAGCAAAGAUGAGCCUAGUGCAAUCAAAGACGCAUAUCUCAUAGUCAGAGAGAACCAGUUAAUGAUCAGCACUCCCCAAUACCGCACAGAGAACCCAGAGCUGGAGUCGUUCAUGGCUUCUUCGCCUCCAGUCGAACCAAACUAUCCCAAUUUCCCCGGCUCGCCACGACGGUUUCAGGAUAUCGAUGUCAAGCCUCUCACUCCAAGUCGCACGGAUGCGCACCGAGCUAGUCGGUCACUAUCUGAAACUCCAUCUUCCCUCAGAGAAGAAGAGAAGCCUAGGAUCUCAAAUGUUCGCGUCCUGAACACAUCACUACCUCAUGUUCAUGAAGAGCUCCUUCAGAUCCGCGAAAAGGCAAAGGCUCAUGGUGAAGAUCCCGACAUGAUUCUCCAUCCGACACAAGGCCAAGAUCAGAAGGACGAAGCCGAAAGCCCCAUCCCCGAAGAAAUUAAGGAUGAACAGGGGAAUCCCAUUUAUCGAUCUAAAGAAGAACAGGAGGCCACAUCAAGGGCUUUGAAACCACACUCGCGCUCUGUGACGGCUCUAAAUUCAUUGCGAGAACCGAAAGGCCGACCCGAAGGUAUGACGACUUUGCCAACCGACGAAAAACGCCCACCCGCUGCCAAAACCAAGCCUAGACGCUGGCAAUUUGGCAUCCGCAGUCGAAACCAACCUUGGGAAGCCAUGAAGUGCUUGUACGCUGCUCUCAAGGCACAAGGCGCCGAAUGGGAAGUUAAUCCGUGGCUGCGGCCUGAGUCGAUGCCCGAUGGUGAUGACGAGAAGGAUGGUAUCCCUCCGCCUCCACCCGAUCUAGAACCUGGCCAACGCCACGAGAUCCUGCAACAGAGAUUCUCAUUUGUGGGCGAGGACUACUACAUCCCCCGAGAUCCUUUCAAUAUUCGCGCGAGAAUCUUGAAAAAGGGAUUACUGAUGCCUGGUGAAGCGCCAUCUGUCUCAGCUCACAGUUCAGCAGUCAGCCUACCCGCAGAAGCACAGACCCAGCUCAAGAGACAUAUUGAGCAACUGGGCUAUGCCUCGGAGGAUGUCAAACAGGCGCUCGGGAUGAGUUCUCCAAACGGAAGCCAAGCAAAUGCGAGGUCACCAGCGAGCAGUGGACAUCCCUCCCGGCAAAAUACGGGAGGUGAGCCAGCCCUUCACAGCCAGGAUGCGUUUACAGGACCAGGACAAGUAUCCAUGAGCAGGCCCGACAGUCUUUCGGCACUCAACAAGAAAAUCCCAAGCGAGCACAUCGGAGUCUGGGUGUUUAUCGACAUUCAAUUGUAUACCUUAGAGCAGGGAACGUUUGUUGUGGAUUUCAAAUGCGAUGGAUACCAGAAUGUGAUUUGGCACGAUUUGAAAAAGGAGCGAGAGAGGAAUAAGACACCCACCAGCAGCAGCACAGUGACGAGCCCGACGAACAGCAGACCCACCAGCGGGUUCGGAAACAUCAGUCACACCAGCUCUGAUCGGCUUGAUGAAAUGAGCGGCGAAGGCUACUGGAAACCGGUCAGCAAGCGCUACAAGAACGUGGAAAAGGAGAUAUCCAGCCCUUAUCCCUAUCUCGACGUGGCUAGUGACUUGGUGGCUCAACUAGUAAGUCUGAGUGCUAAGGCUGCGCAACGGUCCUGA